AUGGGGAUCGAUCAUGGUCGGUCCUCGUGGGGAUGCUACGUGAUGCCCGGGAUCCCAGAAGUGGAGGAGGCAGUGGCGACCUGGAGGGCUGUUCAUGUUGGCAUUGGUGCAAGGCAGCUAUACUCUAAGAAGACUGCAACUUCAGCUUUCCAACUCAUCCCAGCUGCUGAGCGAUUGAGGGAAACCUGGAAGCCUGAUGAGCAGCCAUUUCUGCUGCUUCUUGGCUGGCUGAUGUCCAAAGAGAAGCACAUGUCAAAAUAUGCCAAAAUUUACCUUGAACAAGGCUUUGAUGUCCUGUCUGUGAGAAUCACACCCAUGCAGAUGCUGUGGCCUGUAAAGGGCACUCAGGUGGUAGCAGAGAGGAUCUUGGACCAGUUACAUGCCCUUCCACCAGGACGGCCAAUCUGCAUCCAUGGAUUCUCUGUUGGGGGAUACCUAUUUGGGGAAUGCCUGGUGAGGCUGUAUCGCAGCAUGGAAAAGUAUCAAGGCCUCAUGCAACGAUUUGUUGGGCAGGUCUGGGAUAGUGUGGUGGAUUUUGAGAACAUCCCACAGGGUUUUCCCAAAGCUAUCUCUACCAAUCCUGUGCUGAGGAAAAGCAUUGAAGGUUAUAUCAAGUAUCACCUGCGAGUAUUCUACAAUGUGGCAACAGUGCAUUACAAGGCAUCAAGUGAAGCUUUUGUUAACCGUCCACUUCCCUGUCCAGCACUUUUCCUGACAUCUGAAGCUGAUCCUGUAGGAGAGAUUAAGAAGAUCAUUGGCAUUGUAGAGAACAUGAAUCAGGAGGGUAUCAAGGCCCUGGUGAAGGUGUGGAAGAAGUCUACCCACUGCAACCAUUUCAAAACUUAUCCAGAGGAUUACCUGAGUCUCCUUGGAGAUCACUUGGACCAGAUUGGCUUGCUCCCGUUCCCUGAGAAAUUUGCCGCUCAUCUUGUCCAGGGCAAGAAGCAGCGCAUUCAAUUAUGAUUCUUACACUCCUGCAUAUUCUUUCAUCUCCUGUUAUUCAUCCUGAGUUCCAGGGGCAUUAGUGUCAUGCACGCCGCUUGAAGCAGUUACCAGUGGAAAUGGAAUGAAGACCAAAGGAGCAAGUUAGCUCUCAACCUUUCUCAUUUCAGUUGUGUUCCAUUGGAGAUGUUUAUCCAUUCAGUGCUUUCAUUUUCCGUCAUAUGAUGGCUAGGAUCAUUUUUCUUUAUUAUCGAAUCCUCUGGUUAUGAGGCAUGAGUUCUCAGUUGUGAUCCAUUAUUUUACGACGACGUACCAUGUUUCUCUCAUCACUGUGUUUAUGCAAGGAAUGUCAAUGAAGUAUCAAGUUUUCUGGGAAAAAGGUUUCAUGAUUCAAAUUUGCAGAAAGGCACACAGAGGACUUUAACAUCCUGUUGCAUCCUUGAUGUGCACCACCUCUGGAAUAAUACAGCAGGACACCAUGAACUCGGUAGCCUUCUCACGCAGACCGACUCUUUCGUAAAGCUGAGUACAAUGGAAUGCUGACCUACUGUUCAGAAGGGCAACUGUUGGGCAUAACAAGUGGUGAGCGGGACAUGGAAUCCCAGCCAAACGUAUGUACAGGUAUUUCUUAGUUAUUAUUGUACAAUAAAUGCUCCAUAUUGUUUA